AUGGCCAGAUUCUACUCAGUCCAUGCCUCAACUCUAUUCUUCCUCUCGCUCUUCCUUGCUGUCGCUCCCCAAACUGUGCUCACCCAGCAGGUGCUGAGCACAUUCAUCUACACCCGAUAUGGCGAUAGAACUCCUCUGGUCUUGUCCUCGACGCCUUCUUUGACUCCUUUGGGAGCUCAGCAGCUGUAUGCUGCAGGUGCUAAGGCGCGAGACAGGUAUAUUUCACCCACGGACGGUGACUAUACUGGCUCGUCCACCAUCUCUGGCAUAGCGGGAAAUCAAUUGGCGUAUGAUCAGAUCAAUGUCUUGUCUACUGAUGAACAAUAUGUGUCGGCCUCUGCAUUGGCUUUCCUCCAGGGUCUAUAUCCCCCUCUGGAAUUGUCUUCGAACUGGACCUAUAUCGAAGGCCAAAGCACAGUUGCCAAUGGGACCAACAUUGUGGCACCGCUGAAUGGCUACCAAUAUCCCCAGAUUACGACCAUAUCGAGUAACGAUCUGAAUUCCAUAUGGGUCAAUGGCAUGGACAGCUGUCCGUCGUAUACUGCUUCGGGACAGGUAUAUUAUCAAAGCCCAGACUAUCAGAGUAUCCUGAACUCGACCAUGGAGUUUUAUAGGAGCCUUCAGCCUGAGUUCCUCGAUGGCAUCUUUUCCAAUGCCGGAGUCGGCUACUAUGACGCCUUUUACAUCUACGACUAUCUCAGCUAUGCGUACACCCACAACAGUACUGUCCGAGAAUCGUUACGGGAAGAAGAUCUGACCAAAGCCAAAAUCCUUGCGGACGAUUGGGUCUUUGCCAUGAACGCUGACCUCUCGGCGUCAGGUACAACAUCAGGUGAUAAGAUUCGAGCAAUCGCAGGAAGAACCCUUGCUACUCGGCUUCUGACAACGUUUAACACAGCAAUCAACACACAAGGGCAAACAGAGAAAAUGACCCUACUAUUUGGCAGCCACGAGCCCAUGAUCUCCUUUGCUGCUCUAACGCGGCUUAUCUCUCAGCAAAAUGCUGCAUUCUACAACGUACCCGCGCCUGGGUCAAGUUUUAUCUUUGAGCUGGUAUCUAUGCAGGCUGACGAAACGGACGAGUGGCCCAAUACAACAGAUAUCUAUGUCAGGUUUCUGUACCAGAAUGGUACAGAUUCUGACUCUUCCUUGGUUGAAUAUUCCCUCUUUGGCCUCAGCCCCAGCCAAGGGGUUGUCCCUUUCUUGGACUUUGUUGCGGGUCUGGAGGAGUUCCUGGUGUCCAAUGUCGGCGAAUGGUGCACGACAUGUGGAAGUUACAGCGUAUUUUGUCCAGCAUUCACAGAUACCGAUGACAAGUACAAUCCAUCUACGGGAUUGCUUUCUUCUAGCCACAAAGGGCUGUCUCCCGCCAUUGCUGGCGUAAUUGGAGCCGUGGUCACCCUCGCAGUCGCGGCAUUGUUGUUUGCAGCAGUCAUGCUUCUAGGUGGUGUAAGACUACACAGGGUCCAUACAAAGCCCAAGUCCGAGAUGGCAGGCUUUAAGGGAGGCGCGAAAAUGGCAAGUGACCAGGACUUGGUCAUACCCAAGGGCGGAGCUGGGGCUACAAUGGUUGUGGCCGCGACAGAGGCAGAAUCACACCCAACUCGCGGCCAUGAGAGAGUUGGAAGCUGGGAACUGAGGGAUCAGGUAAAGGCGGAAGAAGCACAGGGCAGAGUUCUCGGUGAUGCUCCACCAAGACCACGACGUCCCAGUUAUGAAGAUGACGAACUGCCCAUCACUCCUUACACACCAGCGGUUGAUCCGCACGAUCAUGUUUAA